AUGCUACCCUCGAGGAAGGGGGGUGAUGGGGAUUAUCAGGCUGCUUCAGGUUUAGACAACGGGCAGAUGAAGGGGCGGCUUCGCAAUAAAGGGCCGUGUUCUCCCCGCGAGGCCCCGGCGUUCUGGUGUGCGGAGAGGGAAAAAAACUCGCGCAGCCCAACAUGGGGGGUUGUGAAUUGUGAUUGCUGGGUUCGACUGCCGUGUCUCUUUGCCCGCACAGAAUUUGGGAAAAUAGCCGGGAAGGCGCCCGCCGCUGCUGGACCGAGGCGCAAAACCCAGCUGCCUGACUACGUACCAAGCAGGGCCGUUUCGCAGGGCCAGGUGGUUUACGCGCAGUGCAUCGAGUGCAUCUUUCUGGCAAUGGCCCGCCCCGGAUUGUUGGAGAAGGCCACCCCGACGAGCAACGAACACCCCCUUUCCCCCCUGGGCUCUCUGGCCUAUCCGUCAGGGUGCCCUAAUCCUUUGCGGGAUUCGCUUCCGGAAGAAAGGGCAGUCCAUCCGGCGGUGCGGAGCGUCGAGGGCGCGGCGAGCCAGGGGGGGUCGCCCAACACCUCUCUGCUGGGCUGCUUCUGUUCGGCAACCUGUCAGAUCUUUUCCGUCGCCGGGGCAACACGCACUGUGACAUUUCCCAUUCCAGCUUCAGCUUCGAUCGAGGCACCGACGAGCUGGGCCACGAGCUGGGCCACGAGCUGGGCCACGAGCUGGGCUGGGUCUGCGCAUCUCGCCGCCAACCCCCUGGCGAAAUCGAAUCCGCCGGGCCGGAGACACUCUACGAUGCACCCCCCGAGCGGGAACGUGGGCAUCGUGGGAAGCGCGGAUGGUGCUCUUAUCUCGUUGGCUGCGUGUCGAUGCUGCCAAAUUUGGAAGCUGCAGACAGGCUAA